GGAGACUCCGGGGGACCCCUGAACUGCCAGGCGGCCGACGGGAGGUGGGAGGUGCACGGCGUGGCCAGCUUUGUGUCCGGGCUGGGCUGCAACGCGCCCAAGAAGCCCACGGUCUUCACGCGCGUGUCCGCCUUCAGGGACUGGAUCAGCGAGGUGGGUGCGGGGGAUGGGGACGUGGGGGGACUGGGGAGCUGGGGCACUGUGGUUCUGGGGUACCAGGGUGCUGGGGUCAUGAGGAGCCAGGGCACUGGGGUACUUGGGUGCCGUGGUGUUGGGGUACCAGGGUGCCAGGGGAUUGGAGUGCUGGGGUGCCGUGGUUCUGGGGUACCUGGGUGCUGGGGUGCCAGCGUGCUUGGGAACCAUGGUGUCAGAGCACCAGGGGGCCAGGGCAAUGGGAUGUAUGGGUACCAUGGUUCUGGGGUGCCAUGGUGCUGCGUGCUGGGGUGCUGA